GCGGGGCGCGCACGGUGACGGCAGGAAGGAGUGGGGACAAAUGGCGGAGAGAUGGUCCCGGGGCCCGUCCCGAGCGCGGCGAUAAUCCCGGCGCGGAGGAAACGGCGUCGGAGGAGGCGGCGCCGGGGGCCCUGACGCCCGCGACACCCCGAGAGGGUCCCGCUGCCGGAGGGGCGGAGGCGUCCCGCAGGCUGAGCGCCUUUCGCAGGCGGCGCUUCGGCGGCCCGAACCCGCGGCCGGAGCCACAUCGGCCGGGCCCGCGCCCGGCACCCGCCGCCACCGCUGACGCCGAGAGAAUAUGAAACAGGAGCCAAAAUGACAUCCCGAUUUGGAAAGACCUACAGCCGGAAAGGGGGAAAUGGCAGUUCCAAGUUUGAUGAAGUGUUUUCCAACAAACGGACCACCCUUAGUACGAAAUGGGGAGAAACCACCUUCAUGGCCAAAUUAGGACAGAAGAGGCCCAGUGUCAAACCAGAUAUUUCUGAAGUUCCUAAGAAGCCCAAAGUUGAAGAUGAGGUAACAGAGGAUCCAUUUGGAUUUGACAGUGAUGAAGAAUCUCUUCCUGUGUCUUCAAAGAAUGUGUCACAGGCUAAAAGCUCCUCUCAGCUGGAAUCUGGUGAAGCUGCUCAGUCUGAGGACUUCACUCCUCUAAUUGAAGCAAACAGCAGAAUUAAUCAGCCAGACAGUGGAGAAAAUGUUGCUUCCAGCAAGUGCAUACCUUUUGACAAUACUGUUCCUCUCUUGAAAGAAAAGAGCACAAGCAAAAGUGUGGAAGAUGGAGAAUGCAAGGGCAGCAGUGCUAAACUUGUAACUGCAGAUAAAAUCCAGAACUUGAAGGAAGACAAUGGGAACAGUCAUUUCAUCUAUGACAGUGCUGGAGACAGUAAUAAAACCAAUGCUGAGACCACAGACACUUCUGGAUGCAACACUGAAGCCAAGGACUUGCCUGAUUCUUGGGAUUCCCAUGUUGGAAAAACAACAGAUUCUUCAUCAGAUACAUCUCAGACCAAGGGGCCACUAAGAACUCACUUGUAUGAAUGGGAGGAUGAAACUGAAGACACCAGAACUGGAGAGUAUAUAUUAGCUUUUGACAAUGAACAUCUCUCAGAGGUGAAGAGCAAGGAUGAGGAGUGUGAUAAAGAAGAUAGUGAAAAUCCAAAGGAAGCCAUUAGUGAAGAACUUGUGCAAACUAUACCUAGGCCAAGCAACUGUAGGACAUACUGUCGAUCCAACAAAGCUAAACUGCAGGGGGCAACAAAUUUUGACAAGCUGAUGGAUGGCACUAGUCAGUCUUUAUCCAAAGCAAAUAAUGAGUCAAAUAAUGAUGGUCUGAACCCAGGAAAAAAAGUUUCUUUAAGUAGUGGGACCAGUUUUAGAGGGACAGUUGGACGGACUAGAGACUACACUGUUCUCCACCCAUCUUGCUUGUCAGUUUGCAAUGUCACCAUCCAGGAUACCAUGGAGCGCAUGGAUGAAUUCACCUCAGCAGCCCCGACUGACCUGGGUGAAGCUGGGCGCUUACGGAAAAAAGCAGACAUUGCCACCACAAAAACUACAACCAGGUUCCGACCAAGCAAUACCAAAUCCAAGAAGGAUGUCAAAUUAGAAUUUUUUGGGUUUGAUGAUCAAGACGAGGGAGGGGGAGAUGAAGGUGCCUCUAGAAGUUCUGGGAGUUCCAAUUACAAAAUCAAGUACUUUGGGUUUGAUGACUUAAGUGAAAGCGAGGACGAAGAUGAAGAGUGGCAGGUAGCAGAAAGGAAAGCCAACAAAAAGCGAAGUAGAACUGUACCAUCUGCUUCACUACAGUCAACCUCUGAUGGCAAUGAAAACUGUUCCCAGGAUAGCCAGCUCAGCACUAAUGCAGAUCUGGAGUUUUCAGAGGAUGCAUCUGGUGUGCUUGAAGGCAAUAAGAAGUCCACAAAUAAACAAGGUGAUAAAUCUAAGGAAAACACCAGGAAGAUUUUUAGUGGGCCAAAGCGGUCUCCCACAAAAGCAGUGUAUAAUGCUAGACACUGGAACCAGCCAGAAUCAGAGGCUCUGCCAGCACCACCAGCUUUGAAAACUCCCAGUGUCCCAGUAAGGCUAUCUUCAAAGGAGGCAAUUCAUAAAGAUGAUGGAGUUUUUAAGGCUCCUGCACCACCUCCCAAAGUGAUAAAAACUGUGACAAUACCUACUCAGCCCUAUCAAGAGAUAGUAACUGCAUUGAAAUGUAGGAAAGAAGACAAAGAAUUAUACACUGUUGUUCAGCAUGUAAAGCACUUCAAUGAUGUAGUGGAAUUUGGUGAAAAUCAAGAGUUCACAGAUGAUAUUGAGUACUUGCUAAGUGGAUUGAAGAGCAAUCAGCCCCUAAACACACGUUGCCUUAGUGUAAUCAGCUUGGCGACCAAGUGCGCCAUGCCCAGCUUUCGAAUGCACCUGAGAGCACACGGGAUGGUAGCCAUGGUUUUCAAAACACUGGAUGAUUCCCAGCACCAUCAGAAUUUGUCCCUUUGUACAGCAGCUCUAAUGUACAUUCUGAGUAGAGAUCGCUUGAACAUGGAUUUAGACAGAGCUAGUCUAGAUCUGAUGAUACGGCUUCUGGAAUUGGAACAAGAUGCUUCCUCUGCCAAGCUGCUGAAUGAAAAAGACAUGAAUAAAAUUAAGGAAAAAAUUCGGAGACUGUGUGAAACUGUUCACAACAAACAUCUUGAUCUUGAAAACAUCACGACUGGGCAUUUGGCAAUGGAGACGUUACUGUCUCUCACCUCAAAGCGAGCUGGGGACUGGUUUAAAGAAGAACUGCGGCUUCUGGGUGGUCUGGAUCAUAUUGUAGAUAAAGUUAAAGAAUGUGUGGAUCACCUAAGCAGUGAUGAAAACGAAGAGAAGUUGGUUGCUUCGUUAUGGGGCGCAGAGAGAUGUUUACGGGUCUUAGAAAGUGUAACUGUGCAUAAUCCAGAAAAUCAGAGCUAUCUGAUAGCAUACAAAGACUCACAGCUCAUAGUCUCCUCAGCUAAAGCACUGCAGCAUUGUGAGGAGUUAAUCCAGCGAUAUAAUCGUGCUGAAGACAGUAUCUGUUUACCAGACAGUAAGUCUCUGCCUCACCAGAAUGUAACUAACCACGUGGGAAAAGCUGUGGAAGACUGUAUGAGGGCCAUCAUUGGGGUCUUGCUCAACCUGACAAAUGAUAAUGAAUGGGGUAGUACAAAAACAGGUGAACAAGAUGGUCUGAUAGGCACAGCGAUGAAUUGUGUGCUUCAGGUUCCGAAGUUCCUACCUCAAGAACAGAGAUUUGAUAUUCGGGUGCUGGGAUUGGGUCUGUUGAUCAAUCUCGUGGAAUACAGUGCCCGGAACAGGCACUGCCUUGUCAAUAUGGAAACAUCAUGUUCUUUUGACUCCUUGUGUACGGGUGAAGGAGACGAAAGCCUAAAGAUAACUGGACAGAUUGAUGCUGUUCAGGCUUUAGUGCAGCUGUUCCUGGAGUGUGAGCGAGCGGCACAGCUGGCUGAGAGCCAGACGGACGAGCUGAUUAAAGAAGCUCCCACUGCUCAGCAUGAUAAGAGUGGGGAAUGGCAGGAGACAAGUGGGGAGAUCCAGUGGGUCUCCACAGAGAAGUCAGAUAGUACUGAGGAGAAGGAUAAGAAGGAGGAAGAUGAUGAAGAACUUGACCUUAAUAAAGCUCUUCAGCAUGCUGGGAAGCACAUGGAAGACUGCAUUGUGGCCUCAUACACAGCAUUGCUUCUAGGCUGUCUCUGCCAGGAGAGUCCAAUCAAUGUGACUACUGUGAGAGAGUACUUACCUGAAGGGGACUUCUCGAUAAUGACUGAAAUGCUAAAAAAAUUUCUCAGUUUUAUGAACCUUACGUGUGCUGUUGGAACAACAGGCCAGAAAUCUAUCUCUAGGGUGAUUGAAUACUUGGAACACUGCUAGAUACUUAACUUCCGCUGCAGGCACUCUAAUGCUGGAGCUACCCUUAGACAAAAGAAGAAGUCAUGAAAGAAGUCCUUGAAGGAUAUACCAAGAGCAUUCAUCUGUGUCAUUCGUGUUCGGAUUUUUAAGGCUACCUGGUCUCUUAACCAUGCAUUCAGCAUUUUCUAAAAGACAGUUACUACAUCAAUCUGCAACUAUCAAAAAUGAGGGGAAAAAGGUUCUGAGGAAAGUAAAUAAAGAAACCUUGCUGUUUAUGAUGCAGUGCAGUAUUUAAAUAUUUUUGGCAGGGUUUACCCUCCCUAUCUUUUUUCUUGCUUUGUUCGUGACAAGUUUCAAGGGGAAAAACUUGCUGCUGAUAGUGCAACUGCUGUUUACUGUUGAGCCACUGUUUCAUGCCAGCCAGGUGCAAAGGCAGCUUAGCUACUGAGGUAUCAAACAAAUGUUCUAAUAAAGAAGUUCUGGACAGCA